AUGAACGUCUUCAAUGAGCAGUCGUCGCAAGAGCGCGGAGAGAAUGCUCGCCUGUCCGCAUUCGUCGGAGCAAUCGCAGUGGGUGAUCUGGUCAAGUCAACUUUGGGCCCAAAGGGUAUGGACAAGAUCCUGCAGUCCGCCUCGACCGGUGAGAUGAUGGUGACCAAUGAUGGGGCUACGAUUCUCAAAUCUAUUGCACUGGAUAAUGCCGCAGCGAAAGUCUUGGUGAACGUAUCAGUCACGCAAGAUUCAGAGGUAGGCGACGGCACCACAAGUGUCACAGUCCUAGCUGCAGAGCUCUUGCGAGAGGCAGAGAAACUUGUCAAUGCCAAAAUCCACCCUCAAACCAUUGUCGAUGGCUAUCGCAUUGCGGCAACUGCUGCACUGACAGCACUCGAAAAGUCCUCGGUAGACAACGGUAAAGACCCCAAAGCAUUCCGGGCAGAUUUGCUCAACAUCGCCAAGACCACCCUGAGCAGUAAGGUUCUGAGUCAAGAUAAAGAGUACUUCGCCAACCUUGCUGUGGAUGCUGUCCUGCGCUUGAAGGGUAGUACCAAUCUCGACUCUAUCCAAAUUAUCAAGAAGAUUGGCGGUAAGCUUCACGAUUCCUUUCUGGACGAAGGCUUCAUUCUGGAGAAGACCAUUGGAACGAACCAGCCGAAGCGCAUCGAGAAUGCAAAGAUUCUUGUUGCAAACACGCCGAUGGAUUACGACAAGGUCAAGAUUUUCGGAGCACGGGUCAAGGUUGAUUCUACUGGAAAGCUAGCUGAGCUCGAACGCGCCGAACGAGAAAAGAUGAAGGCAAAGGUGGAGAAGAUCAAGGCGCAUGGCAUCAAUUGUUUCAUCAAUCGACAGCUCAUUUACAAUUGGCCCGAGCAACUGUUUGCUGACGCCGGCAUCAUGUCGAUCGAGCAUGCCGACUUUGAUGGCAUCGAGCGUCUUGCUUUAGUGACAGGUGGCGAAAUCACGUCUACUUUUGAUCAUCCAGAGUCUGUCAAACUCGGUCGUUGUGAUCUGAUUGAGGAAGUCUUGGUUGGCGAAGACAGGAUGAUCAAAUUUUCCGGAGUCGCUGCUGGUGAGGCGUGCACCAUCUGUCUGCGUGGAGCUACGCAUCAGAUUCUGGAUGAAGCUGAGCGAUCUCUUCACGACGCAUUGGCAAUUCUGUCUCAGACUGUCGCAGAAAGCAAAGUUACCUUGGGUGGCGGCUGUGCAGAGAUGCUCAUGAGCAAAGCCGUUGACGGUGCCGCGACAAAGGAAGCUGGCAAGCGUGCAUUGGCUGUCGAAGCAUUCGCCACGGCCCUUCGUCAACUACCGACCAUUCUUGCGGACAAUGCUGGAUUCGACAGCUCUGAGCUGGUUGCGAAGCUCAAGGCAGCUCACUACAACGGCAUGUCAAGCUACGGGCUUGAUAUGGAUAAAGGGGAGAUCGCGGAUAUGCGCGAAUUGGGCAUCCUGGAAGCGUACAAGUUGAAGCGCUCUGUCGUUUCGAGUGCCGCAGAAGCAGCACAGAUGCUGCUUCGAGUGGACAAUAUCUUGAAGUCUGCUCCCCGACAACGGACGAGAUAG